AUGGUACCACAAAUUGAAGGAGUAUUGUCACUGAAGAAAAUGUUAGAUCAUCUUAAAUUGAAACAAAUUGGUGGUCUUAAAACUGAAACAAUUAUUCGAUUAAGCCAAUUUGUUAUGCAAAAUAAUUAUUUCUCAUAUGAUGGUCAAUAUUAUCAUCAAAUUCGUGGUGGAGCAAUGGGUUCUCCACUUACUUUAACCAUAGCUAAUUGUUAUAUGUUCUUUUAUGAACGAGAUAUUGUUAAACAAAUUGAAGAUAGUGGUGGACUUUACCUCCGAUAUAUUGAUGAUAUAUUUAUUACAAUUAAUUGGCCAGCUUGA